GACCGGUACGCUACACCCUUAGUGCGCUGCACCCCAACCAAUCUUUAUUAGCCGUGCGGCGCCAAAAGUGCCGGCGACAGGCAAUAAUAAUUGACAGUUUGACUGCCAUUGAUCAUUUUCCGACAUCGUCUCAUCUCUCCUUCUCUCGCGCCCCGUUUUCUUUUCUCUUGUCGGCCGCCCAGUGCUUGGAGGUUUCCCCAGAUCUUAAUCGAGACCAAUUUGAUACGAACCCUGACACGCGCCUACCCCUCGGCGAAACCAAUUCCACAAUGGCCGACGAAAAGGCAGCUCCGGCCGCGGAGCUCACCUCUCCCGUGAGUCCCGUCGCAGCUCCCGUCGAGCCGGCACCGCGUCCCGAAGGAUGGAUGUACAAAGGAGUCAAGAUCGGCAAGAAGGAAGUUUGGUUCGCAUCGCCCAUCGUCCAACUCAUCAUGGUCGCCUUCGUCUGCUUUCUCUGCCCCGGCAUGUUCAAUGCCUUGACUGGUCUCGGCGGCGGCGGCCAGGUGGAUGCAACCGCCCAGAAUGACGCCAACACCGCCCUGUACUCGACCUUCGCCGUGGUCGGCUUCUUCUCCGGCACUCUCGCCAACAUGCUUGGCGUCAAGGCCACCCUCGCCUUUGGCGGUCUCGGAUACAGCGUCUAUGCCGCCAGCUUCCUCUCUUACAACCACAACCAAAACCACGGCUUUGUUGUCUUCGCUGGAGCCUUCCUCGGCAUCUGCGCCGGUCUGCUGUGGACGGCCCAGGGAGCCAUCAUGAUGAGCUACCCGCCGGAGGACAAGAAGGGGCGGUACAUUUCGUACUUCUGGGUGAUCUUCAACCUUGGUGCAGUGAUAGGUUCAUUGGUGCCGCUCGGCCAGAACAUCAACGCCACCGGCAGCUCCACCGUCACCGACGGCACCUAUAUCGGCUUCCUAGUGCUGAUGGUUCUCGGCGCCCUACUAUCCUUGACCCUUUGCAACGCGGACAGUAUUCGCCGGAGCGACGGCAGCAAGGUCAUCCUGAUGAAGAACCCGAGCUGGAAGACCGAGCUCGUGGGUCUUUUUCAGACGAUCACUCAGUCACCCUGGAUUGUGCUGCUGUUCCCCAUGUUCUUCGCCUCCAACGUCUUCUACACUUAUCAGACGAACGAUAUGAACGCCGCUCACUUCAACACCCGGACCCGCGCCCUCAACAACACACUGUACUGGUUGAGCCAGAUCCUCGGCUCCCUUGCCUUCGGCUAUGCCCUCGACUUCAAGGGGCUGCGCCGCUCUAUCCGCGCCAAGGCCAGCUUCGCAGCGCUGUUCUGCUUGACCUUUGUCAUCUGGGGCGGCGGCUGGGCCUGGCAGGUGAAGCAGGUCCCUCGUGAGAUUACCGAAGACAAGAAUUCGGGCUACCAGACGGUCGACUGGUCGAUGGGCGGCGAGCUGUACAUCGGGCCUAUGUUCCUGUACAUGUUCUACGGCUUUUUCGAUGCCGCGUGGCAGACUUGCAUCUACUGGUACAUGGGGGCGCUGAGCAACUCGGGCCGCAAGGCCGCCAACCUUACCGGUUUCUACAAGGGCAUCCAGUCGGCUGGCGCUGCUGUGUUCUGGAGAUUGGACGGCUUGAAGACGCCCUUCAACACCAUGUUUGGUGCCACGUGGGGCCUUCUUGGCGCCGCCCUCGUCAUUGCCGCCCCGGUCAUCUGGCUCAGGAUCAAGGACACGGUCUCGCUCGAGGAGGAUCUCAAGUUCAGCGAUGAGACUGUUGAAGACGUGGCGCCCACGGCAGUUACUAUGGACAAGGUUACGAAGGAGGAGACGGUUUGAUUUCGAGGCGUAUGCUGUAAAUGACUGGGUGGUAUCUGGGGAGUAACUGCACGGAUCAUGGUUGCGUAUAAUCGUUGCAAUUCUUUUAAUACCACAGGCCAAGCAGGCCCCGUUGUUCGUGUCUGCUUUGUCAGACCGACACUAUAGCGAUUUCUGGUCCCAGAGCCAUUCCCAGAUUCCCCAGCUUUCAUCCCGUCGUGAAACAAAUUCCUGUCUAUUUCGAGCGUUGCGACAUGAAUACCUUGACCUUGGGAAGGACUUGGGGGAGGCCGGCAUUGGGCAGCUGGUUACUGAGCUAACUGA